AAAUACGGGCCUUGCAUUAAGAGCAUCCAACAGCCAGCUUCAUUGGGAGCCUGGGCUGUGACUCGCUUGCACAUGGCGGGGCAACGAACUGCCCACACUCAAGCCUCACUCAAAUCUGAGUUAUCCGAACCCAAGUUCCAGUUGGGACUCAACCGCUCAUCCAGGCUUCCGGGACGGAACUCUUGAACAGCGGUAAUAAGGGACACAAUGGCUAGCUCUAAAGUCAUGGAUUGGGCGCCGAGCUUGUCGGCCCCUGAUUUCAAGGCUGUCGAAGCUGUCCUGCUCGAGCUCGAGCGGUAUUUGACAUUGCGCACUUACCUCCAAGGAUACCAGUUGAGCACCGCCGAUAAGGACAUUUGGACUGCCCUGCGAACCAACAAGGUGGCAAAUGGCAUCGUUCGCAAAGGCAGCUUGACCAAUGUGGCGCGUUGGUCCUCCUUCAUCGAAGCCAGUCAUCCCGAGAUCCAGGGAGAGAUCAAGGCAGCACAGACCAAGGAGAAAGAAAAGCGUGCUGCAGCUAGCAGGGCUGGAGGUAACUACAAUAUUGGCCUGAAGAAUACUGAGAACGGCAUCGUUACCCGCUUCCCGCCAGAGCCAAGUGGAUACCUGCAUAUCGGACAUGCCAAGGCCGCGUUCCUGAACGAUUACUUCGCCUGACUGAAUCGCUGUGCGAUACCAACCUGGUAACGGCAGAGCCGAACAGCAUCAUCCAAUUGGAGCGCAAGGGAUACUUCAGGGUCGACAAGGCUGCUGGACAGGGGCCUCAUGGCAAAUCGGUGUUGUUCAUGAUCCCAACAGGGGCGAAGGAGUAAGCUCGCGUCGGAAUGCCAGCCGGCACCAAUUCAUUUCGUUUGGAGGAAAGUAUUCGUAGCGUGACUGGCCGCCGU